AUGGAGACACUGCAGACACAGUCACCCCUACAAUUCGAGACCUUAAGCCUCACAGCUCUACAAGACCUCUGCCAUUUGACACUGGAAUGGCACCAAAUCUACAUGCCCAUCACAAAGCUACAUUGGGCUGCCAACAUCCCAUAUCGCUGGGGAAUAGCUCACUCCAUCUCGGCCACUAAAGAGGGCAACACUUAUAGGCUCACCACCAUGGAUAACUCAGCCAUCUUCCUGCAGUCCUUGGGCAUGUCCAGCCCCAACAGGGGAACCACCAAAACAUGGGACAUUUCAGCAAUUACCCUUUUUGUUCCACUCUCUGUCACCGACACAGGAUGA